GAAAAUUAAGCAAUGAGUGAGCCAUCUUGACCGUCUCUAGUCCAGCUUCCUUGGUUGUGUACCUGUGUGACUUAUAUGGAAAGUGGUCUCGUCGUCUGCAUCUUCGGUCAGUGUCAGGUGUUGCAGUGACUAGACAUGGAGAUUGAAAAGGUGGACAUUUACAAUGCCAAGAGUGGCAAGUUUGUCACCACAUUGUAUGGGCUGAAAACAACAAGCACCAUUUUGGAUGUUAAAAAGUAUGUUCAACUGCAAAAGAGUGUGCUGCACCCAGAGAGACAGGAAGUCAGGCUGGAGCAGAAAGGCAAAGGGUUGAAGGAGGAGGAGACCUUGGAAAAACUUGGCAUCAAAUCGGAAGAUAAAUUGUAUGUAAAGGAUCUUGGUCCCCAAAUUGGCUGGAAAACCGUGUUUUUUGCUGAGUAUGCUGGCCCUAUGCUCUUGUACCUGUGGAUCUACCAGCGUCCAUGGCUUUUCUAUGGAGACAAAGGAGAUUCAGCCCCAGUGUCUUUGUGCACUCACAUUGCUGCAGGUUGCUGGACUUUUCACUAUGUAAAACGACUUCUUGAAACUCAAUUUGUCCACCGGUUUUCACAUGGAACCAUGCCCGUGUUCAAUUUGUUCAAGAAUUGUACUUAUUAUUGGGGCUUCACUGCAUAUGUUGCUUAUCACGUCAACCAUCCCCUAUUCACAGCCCCAUCUGAUUUUCAAGUAUAUUCAGCUCUUGCUAUAUUUUUGGUGUGUGAACUUGGAAACUUCAGCAUUCAUAUAGCCCUUCGUAAUUUACGACCACCAGGAAGCAAAGAACGCAAGAUCCCUUAUCCUGAUAGUAAUCCUCUGACACAGCUCUUCAGUGCUGUCUCAUGCCCAAAUUAUACUUAUGAGGUUGGCUCAUGGUUGGCUUUUACUGUGAUGACACAAUGCCUGCCAGCUGGAAUGUUUGCUCUGUGUGGAUUCUACCAGAUGACCAUGUGGGCUUUGGGUAAGCACCGCAACUAUAAAAAAGACUUCAAGAAUUACCCCCGCAGGAAAGCAAUCCUACCCUUCCUUCUCUAGAAUUUGCAAAAAGUUCAAAACUCAAAUUGAAGGAGAGAAAUUUUAUGUAGCUAUACUUAAGAGUAACCAUUAAUGUCCCUAUAUUUAGAGCAUUUUUUAAUAUAGUAAACUUCCUCUAAUCUGGACAAAUUGAGGGGAAAGCCUGUCUGAGUUGGGCAGGGUCUGUACAGGAUUGUCUAAAUUGUAAGGUGGAAAAUUUAAGAGGAUGGUGGAUUUCCAACGGGCUACCUAAGAACACCAAACCUACUGUAAUUUUUUUGCCUAUACUUAACACUCAGGGUUUUUAUAAACCAUGAGGACAUUUUUUGUUUUUUAGGGCUUUACCAUUUGUGGAAAAAAGUUAAUUUUUCCUUGGUCACUCAUACACUCUUGGCAGCUUGGUGGUGGUUCUCGAUACAGUUGUACUCGGCGAGUCGCCCUUCAGCUAAUGUUGCCUGGCGCUCUCAGGCAUCUGUCACACUCGGCUCUAGUCAAGCCUCGUUUUCAUAAGAGUUGAGUACCCAUCAUUAUAUCAUGUAGAAAUGUUUUGUUUGUGGGUCUUUCUUAAAUCACGUCUUGUAGAGAAUUUAGUCAAUCAUUGUGGUAUCAAAUUCAUCUUUCUAACACAAUUAGAAUAGAUGCUGUGGAUAAAAGUUUAUACACUUUCACUAGCUGUAAAUAUUUUCGCUCAUUGCCACAGCCUGAUAUAAUUGGAGUGAUAAGAGAAUCAUACAAAGUAGAAGAGGGUUUCUUAUGGUAUACAUUCCUACUGCACACUAAUAUAUUUGUGGAUGAAAAAUAGAAGCACAUAGUACAUAUUAUUAAUAAAGUACAGUAUUGUACUUCUUAAUGAUUAAAUUAUCAUGAGUCGGUCGAGUCUUCAGGUGAUAAGGUAAUUGAAGCAGGAGGUGAUUGUACGACUCAUGUACACCACCGAAGGUUAUGUUUUCAGUGCUAAUUUCAUUGACUAUGUACUGUACACUAAUCAUAUUUCUUAGACACUUCAACUGCCUCAUAAGAGGCAGCAGUUGAGUUACCCUCCUGUGCGACCACAGUGGUAGCCCCCACUUACAUGAACUAACCCCCAUGCUAUCUGGAUUUUGGUUGUUUUCUCCCAGGUUGGGGGAUACAUGUGUCUGAUGCUGGACUCCAGUCUGGUUUGCAAGAGGAUCCAGAUUAAUUGAGUCCAGGUUAUGAGGAGUUUACUGUAGUGUAUUUACAGUACAGUAUUUUAUAUUCUUAUUUAGGUUCAACAUUGUUAUAAUUUUACUCUUAAAAAUACAUUUAAUUGUUAGAGAAUUAUACAUAUUAUCAUGUAACCUACUGGUUUUAUCAGACAGUAAAGGUUAAAAGAG